AUGAAACUCAUCUCCCUCUGCCUCUCGACUCUCUUUGCUGCUGAUGCAUUGGCUUCGUCCUUUGCUCGCAGUUCUGUCAAACCAAAGUAUCGUCGCGGGUCGAGCAAUGUCGCGCGUCGCAGUACAUUGGCCAAGAGAGACGUGUCAACUCUUUGCUCUCCUACAGGGUCGAUCAAGCCGAAGUUCUUCAUCAUCAGCAUGGUUUGUCAAAUGACCACCGGCGAGGGCGAGAUCAACGCUGCCGGAUCAGUCAACGCUCUCUGGCUGUCCGGAUGCUUUGACUUGACAUCCACUUACUUCAUGAUCGCUGGUAUCUCUGGUGGAAAUCCUCACGUUGUUACCACCGGCUCAGUGACAUUCGCCAAGUACGCUGUGCAAGUCGGCUUGCAAGAAGAAUUCGAUCAAUCUCAGGUUCCUGCAAAUGAUACAUCCGGAUACUUCCCUCAAGGUGCCUACUACCCCGACGAGGCCAACCCAGUAGAUUACCCUGGCUCGAUCUACGGUACAGAAGUCUUUGAAGUCAAUGAGAACCUCCUUGACCGUGCCUCCUACCUCGCAUCCCUGGCCACUCUCAACGAUACCGAAGCUGCUGCCGCAUACCGUGCCACUUACGGCUACGCUCCUGCCAACCAUCCUCCCAGCGUUGUCAAGUGCGACAGUGCUACAUCUGAUCAGUACUGGUCUGGAUCUGUUCUUGGAUAUGCUUUCAGCAACUACACCGAGCUUAUGACCAAUGGAACUGGACUCUACUGUGGCACUCAACAGGAAGACAAUGCUACUCUCGAGUCUUUGAUUCGUGGUGCUAGCCUGAAGAAACUUGACUUCAGCCGAAUAAUCAUCAUGAGAACCAUCAGCGAUUUUGAUCGCGCUCCUCCCGGUGAGACUGAGGUCUAUCACCUACUUUACGCAGAUCAGGGAGGCUUUGAGAUUAGCAUCCAGAACAUUUACCUUGCAGGUAUCGAGGUCGUGAAGGAUGUCUUGAUGUACUGGAAUGGAACAUACGAGAGGGGCCUGAAGCCAGGAAACUACAUUGGAGACAUUUUCAACAGUCUUCCUGGCGACAUACCGCCCAACAUCGGCACCGCUUCCUACUAUAUCAACUGA